CGGGAUUAGCUCGCGAUGCCCGGAUAUGUACUAUAAUGUACUGGACAAGGCCUUGCGUUGUUUGCCUCACGCUAAAUAACCUACUUGUGGUGAAAGAAUUUAUACGUAGAGCCCCGGUCCGUACCUUGGCUAUUAAAACCGCAUACUCUUGGGCGUACACUUGGAGCCCUAUAUUGGUCAUUUCCAUUAUGUAACUGCACGCCCACAACUUUAGGGCCUGCCACUACGUAAUUAUACUUCUCUUGUUUUACGAAUCCAUCAACCAAAUUACUUCCUGGGCAUCGGCAUACCCCUUUACUUUUCCAGAUCAGUCGGAUACUUAGGAUUACAAACAACGGAGCAAAGGACUUCGAAAACAGUACAAUUUCUAUUGUUUCAGUAAUCCAUUAGGGUUUGAGAAACCACUAAACUAUUCAAGCUUAGUGGAUGCCCCUGUUCUCUCUGGGAAAGUAAGUGUCGCAACCUUCGUCUUUCCUUACGAUACUCUGUGGCUCUUAUCCGAGAUACCUUAUGUUUGAUCGAGGCCAUCCAUAUAAUGGCUCAUGUCAUCGGUUCAGUCUAAAAUCAGCUCUACAGGUGAUGUACAAUAAAUAUGGAAUAGAAACAGAAAGAAGGAAAACGUUAUACCGUCG